GGCCUGCUUCCGCUGCUCAAGAGCAUCCAUAAGCCGACACAUCUCCGCAACUUCGCAGGGCAGACGCUUGGCAUCGACGCUUAUGGCUGGCUACAUCGAGGCACGGUCUCCUGUGCCAUUGACCUGGCAGAAGGCAACCCGACGCGGAAACACAUCGACUUCGCCCUCCAUCGCGUGCGCAUGCUCAUACACUUCGGCGUGAAGCCUUACCUGGUAUUUGAUGGCGACUAUCUGCCGAGUAAGGCGCAUACCGAGAAGGAGCGUGCUGCGAAGAGGAAGGAGAGCAAGAGAGUGGGACUCGAGAUGCUGCGCAUGGGAAGGCCCAGUCAGGCGCAGCUGGAGCUGCAGAAAGCGGUCGACGUCACACCCGCCAUGGCUAGAGAGCUGAUUGAAGAGCUGAAGAAGUUGGAUGUGCAAUAUGUCGUGGCUCCAUACGAAGCAGACAGCCAGAUGGCCUACCUGGAGAAGAAAGGCAUUAUCGACGGCGUCAUCAGCGAGGACUCUGACUUGCUGGUCUUUGGAGUGCAGUGCCUCUUAACUAAACUUGACCAGUACGGCGAGUGCGUGAUGAUCAGUCGAGCAGACUUCACCUCCUGUCGAGAGAUCAGUUUGGUGGGCUGGACGGAUCGUGAGUUCCGAAUGAUGGCUAUGCUAAGUGGCUGCGACUACUUGCCUGGAAUCGACAAGAUGGGCUUGAAGACAGCGUAUCGACUUGUGAGGAAGCACAAGACACUCGAUCGAGUUGUUCGCACUGUGCAGUUCGAUGGCAAGAUGCGAGUGCCCAAGGGAUAUCUGGAGGACUUCUCCCGGGCAGAGAAGACCUUUAUGUACCAAUGGGUGUUUUGCCCAGAGGAUCAAUGCUUGACUCAUCUCAACCAACUACCGACUGGACUGACCGCAGAUUCCAUGCCAUUCAUUGGGAAGGCCGUGGACCCAGAAUUAGCCGCAGGUGUCGCGUGUGGCGAUUUGGACCCGAACACGAAGAAGCCUAUCGUUCUGCCCCGAAGCUUCUACCAUCCUGCAAGUCGGCAGAGGAUAAUUCACACACCAAACGAGAAGCCUGGAAAACCGAUCAAUGAAUUCUUCAAGAAGAGAAUACCGCUUGCCGAGCUCGACCCAAACUCGUUCACACCCUCGCCAACGCAGAACCAAUUGCUUGAGUCUCAGGCUGGGAGGUCAUGGUCGGCACCUCAGCCAGUCCAUGCAAGUUCGCCCCUGCAUAAGAAGUCGGGCGGUGCAAAGCAGGAAGAGUUCGAGCUCUGGUCGGAUGAUUCGGUAGCGGAGGCAGUCGUUAAUGCUGCGGCUACUGUAGAGUCGACGCAAGAGACGAGCACUCCCUCGCAGCGAAAGCGGAAGAAACUAAGCGUCUUCGUCGAUACUCCAGAAACGGAAGCCAGCAUUACCAACGAGUCUCAAGCCACGGUGACAACUACCACGUCGACCGACUCGCGGAGAGCGAGUCUGGCAGAUACUCCUGACACAUCUUUCGAGAGCACGACUUCCUCUCGAGAGCCCAGCGUGUUUAGCAAGGGCCUCAAUCUGGAGAUGUUCGCGCUCAGAAAGCAGAGCAGCUCAACGCCU